AGAGGAGGAAAACUCAGAGGGAAGUGGCCUCUCACCAAAACCGUUUACGUUCUCAAUACUGGCCAGAUUGAAACUGCCACUCAGGGAAGAGAGGCCCAGACCCAGAACUCCCACCUGUGUGAGCCCCUCAUGAAUCCCCGAAAGAAAGUGGACUUGAAACUUAUCAUUGUUGGUGCACUUGGUGUGGGAAAGACCUCUCUCCUUCAUCAAUAUGUACAUAAGACAUUUUUUGAGGAAUACCAGACCACACUGGGGGCCAGCAUCCUCUCCAAAAUUAUCAUACUGGAUGACACAACUUUGAAGCUUCAGAUCUGGGACACAGGUGGUCAAGAGCGGUUCCGCUCAAUGGUAUCAACAUUCUACAAAGGUUCCGAUCGCUGUAUCCUGGCAUUUGAUGUUACUGAUCCAGAGUCCUUUGAAGCCCUGGAUAUCUGGAGGGAUGAUGUCCUGGCAAAGAUCGUCCCUAUGGAGCAGUCAUAUCCCAUGGUGGUGCUGGGCAACAAAAUCGAUCUGGAAGAUAGGAAGGUGCCCCAGGAGGUGGCCCGUGAAUGGUGUAAAGAGAAGGACAUGCCAUACUUUGAAGUGAGUGCGAAGAAUGACAUCAAUGUGGUGCAGGCCUUUGAGGUUCUGGCCAGCCGGGCUCUGUUGAGGUACCAAGGCAUCGCCGAGAAUCACCUUGCAGACUCCAUCAAGCUCUCUCCGGGCCAACCGAGGAGCAAAUGCUGCUGAUCCUGGACCCCCUCCUUCCAGACUCCCGAUGCUCAAUCCCUCAAGCCGGUACUCAGCAAGGAGGCUGAGCCACUGCAGCAGGAGAGACUGUCACAAGGCAAACCCUGGCUCCAGAGAAAUCAUGGGAGUCUUGAUGACUCAAGCUCUUCUUUCUCCUCUCCUCCAACACAAUCCUGCGCGUCUCUGCAGACAAGCCUCUCCCUUGAGCACUGAGGAGCUUUGGAUGGAAAUGCACCUCUGACUCCCUCAGCAGCCAGGACACGGACCGCUCCUGACAGGCAGAAGCCUACAGGCCUGAGACUUCCCACGGCUUCUUCCAGGGAGAGCUGAGGGAGCAAGAUAAAACCAGUUGUUCCUGCUUCCUGGGUGUUCAAACGGCUUCCAUAACUGACCAGGCCUCCGUGUGCCCUCUGCCAAAUGAGAGCUCCCCAGGUUCCCCAUAUCCCAAUGUGAGUUGAGGACCAUAAACUCCAUUUAAAUCCCACUCACUGGUGUGGCCACACACGUUUACUCCUUCGGCAAGCAUUUUGAUGCCUUCUAUGUACGAUGCGUUGAUGUCUGGAAACACACAAAACAGGCAGGAGUCCUGGCCUCCCAGAGGCACACCUGGAGACAGAGGGACAGACAGCAGACACCAUCAGGACAGAGGACAGCAAUGAGGUGCUAUUUUAAACAAAGGGGCCAAGCAGGCUUCCCUGUGAUGUGACAGUUGGGCUGACAGUUACAGUGCAAGCUACAGGAGUCAGGAGAGGGAGCAGCAAGGCCAAGGCCCCGAGGCAAUAGACAGCGUGCUACUUUCCAUGUGGAAGCUCUUUCCCUGAGGACUCAAAGCUGCUGCCUUAGAGAAAAAAGGCCAGUGAUACCCUGUUCCCAGAACGUACCUUGAGCAUUUGAUGACUGGCCACUAGGGGGCAGAAGUGUCCUCUACUUCCAGGCCAGGGAGUUCUGGGGAUACUUGAAAAGCUGGUGUUUCUGUCAAGAAAAUGGCUGAAACUUGUUCCCAGGCUGUAGGAAUGUCAGACCUGGGCUAGUUGGGUAGAAAAAUAAAUAAAUAAAUAAAAAGUCCUGGGUAAAAACUUCAGGAUACUUGAUUCAGGGAACAAAUCAAAAUCAGUAACAGAUCCCAGAGCAAGGUACGUAGAGAGAUAUGGAGUCUGUGUCCUGUACAUUUCAAAGCUAGAACUUGGUUUGUUUUUUUCUUCUGGCUUCACACAGCACAGAUAGGUUGGCCCAUUCUAAAAGAGGUGGACGGGAUGAACUUUCAGGAUCUACAAUGGUCAAGUUCAUACCUCAUGCCUACCAGACAUUCCUGUCUCCUCCGAAGUCUUCUUUUCUGAGUUCUGAGCAGAUCAGAGGUGUUCAUCUCUAGGAAGCAACUGACCCCAAAGAUCUCACUGAGAGACAGGUGGUCAGGGGGCACCAAGCGGGGGUCCUGGGGUCCCUGUCUGUUCCCACCUAGCUCUGAAGGAUAAAGCAACUCCCCAUGGGCAGUGGUCACAGGAACAGUGAGCCCUGUGUCCCUCAGAGAUGAAUGAUUUAUCCCUGUCAUACACAGGUGUGGCUCUCCCGGAAGUCAGUCGGUGGAGGGAUGUGUGGUAUGGGGGAGGGGGGAGAGUUCAGCACCACAAUGAACACAAGAACCAUAUUUAAAGGUACAUAACAAAUAGUGUUUCCUGUUUUUAAUCCUUUGUGGGACAAUAGUCCCCCUUGGUCUGUGAUGCCAGUCUCAAUUACCCGUGGGUCAACUGUGGACCAAAAAUAUUAAGUAGCAAAUCCCAGAAAUAAAUAACUUAUAACUUUCAA